AUGUCGGGCGACGGCGCGACGACCUCCACUGAAUCACUCGGUUUGCCCUUUGCUCCUCCGACUUCCACUCUCUUACGGCCCCCCGGAGUUGGACAGGGGAACUACACUGGCCUGCCCGUGCAUGCGGUAGACAGCGGGAUGCUGGACCGCCACGCACCGACCGGCGGCGUCGACGGCCAGCUGUACGUACUCCCGCACCAGGCUCUCCCCCUCCAGACGCAACUGCGCGCACCGUCGACCCUGGUGCAGGUACAGCCUGGAGGCGAGACAGAACUCGCGCGCAAAGGUGAUGAGGGAAGACAGCCUGGCAAAUUUGAUUCGCCAAAACCAGGCAGUCACGCGCACUCUUUCGGGAAUGCUCUUCUUGUCAAUCCCCAACUCGUCACACCGUUCUUACAAGAACGUCUGUGUCCCUUGUCACAACGCCCAGCGCUCUCGCCACCGGGUCCGCCUGGACUCGCGACUGGUCCUCCCCUCCGAGACGCGACGAGCGAUGCGCUUGCGACUGCAAGUCCGAGCCGCGCUGCCGACGAUUCAAAGGGACCAGACACCAAGGGCGAGCUCCGACAUGGGGGCUGUGGUGAUUCGCAAACCGCGGCGGAGAAUUCCGGAGCGACUCCCGGCGUUCGCCCACCUGAUGCUAGGCUUCUGACGGCGACGCCGCGAGUCCCAGCGGCGAAUAGCGAUCAAGGGCGAGAAAACGUUUCGAAUCAGCGAAGGCCUGAUGAUGGAGUGGCGGGCACGCCGGGUGUCCGAGAGACUCCUAGCUCAGCUGCGUGUGCGCGGCUGCUCCCAGGAACUGCGGAACGGCGGGGUGGCCCUCUGCCUCUGAAGCCGUCUGCUCCCGAGCACGAGCGUCUGGGCGAGGGACUGUGCGCGCAAACACUGGCCGGAGGCGACUCGCCGUUUUCAAACCCGGAGCGGGGUUUCUUGCCUCCGGCAGGAACGUCAGAACUGGUUGCUGAGUCGGUGCCGCACAGCCGCGCGCUCCCUCUCGGGGAGUUUCGCCCGGGUGUCGAUACGCCCGGGAGUUUGCCCAUGCCCCAUCGUGACGCGGCAGUCGCAAACCCUGGACGACAAGCACUCCAGACUGGAGAGAAGGCGGGCGAGACUCUCGCCACGCCGGCCGUGUCUCGACUGCCGUCGCAAGACCGCGUCAACGCACCGUGUCCGCGAGACCGUUCAGAAACAGAAGAGACACCUUCCUUCGCUUCGAGAUGUCUCGCGUCCGCGACGUCGCAGCUGACGUCGGCAGGCCCGAGCCUGGAGGAAAACCGCUCUGGGCUCGUCGCCUCAACGAGUUCCGCUGCGGGCUCUCCGUCCGGAAUCUUUUCGCAAUCCCAGGGAUCUGCCUCGCCCGCAACAGACGUUCCCUUUCCCGCUCAUCCACCGUCGGCUGCGGGGCCGUCGCCUGCCGGCGCACCAGCCGAUCCCGCGGCGUUCGCCCGCUCUCGAGGCCCGGCGGGCCUCCUCCCUGGGGGCGCGCCCGGCGCGACGAGUCAGGCCGGGCGAGGAGACAGAGAGGACCAAGACAGAGGGAGGGAGGGAAGGCCCGAGCAGGAAGGUUUGUGGGAGAGACACGCAGCAGAGGCGACCAGGGGGCUGCUGGCUGGUGUCCCCCACGCGGCGGGUACGAGUGACGAGGCGGGGCAAACAGCUCACGGGAUAGACCCAGGGAGGCGUCCGUAUUUGCAGGAUCGUUAUGCUCACCCUGCCGGCCCCAACGUAGCCAGUGGAGCCGAGGAUCUCAACAGCGGUCCUUCCUCCGAAGCGUCUGCUCAGGCGUCCGCGACGCCGACGCUUCGUCCUCCCUUUCCAGACGCUGGUCUGCCGCGUCCUUUCUUGGGUACCGAUUUCGCUUCGGCGAGUGUCUCCGCAAGUUCGGCGGGUUCUGCGACUCCGAGGCCACCAGCGCCUCUCACGAGCCACUACCCGAACCCCUGCGGGCCUUCUGCCCCUGGUGGCGCACUUUCGCCACACGCUCAGCAGCAGUUUCGUUUUCCUCCAGGACACCCGCCACUUCCGACGAACUUCAGAGGACCCCAGCCCGGAGCAGGAUCUUCUCGUCCACCGUUUCCUCAAUAUCCUCCGUCCAUUCGCGGACCGACAUCAGGGACUGGAACGCCCCAGUCUCCUGCGCAGCCUUCUGUCUUGUCGCCAGCGCCUGCCUCCACUGCUGUCUCCGCCUCUCCUCUCUCUGCCUCCACCGCUGCCUCCACUGCUGCCUCCUGCGGGACCGCUUCCUCCGCGUCUCCCCUGCCUGUGGGCUUCCAGAAUCCCUUCCCCUUGCGCCCUGCGGCUCCACGAGACCGGGGCGAUGGCGCGCCAGGUCGCGACGGCGAGGGACUUGGCCUCGUUUCUCCCGGCGUCGCUUCGGGCCCAGCCACGCCGCGGGCGCCGCGGCCGCUUCUUCCCGUUUCCGGAAAAGGGAGUGCAACGCAUCCACGGAAUCCCCAGGGGCCGUUUCCCGCGGCGUCUCCGUGUCUAUCCGCGCCCGUGCGGGGCUCGCAGACCCCGGGGCCUCUGCAGCCGAACCGGUUUUUGUCUUCUGUUUCUGGGGUCGUGUACGACAAAGGCGGGGAGAAGUGGAUUGCGCGGUGGAGCGAGAACGGGAAGCCGUUUAAAAAGACUUUUGCUGUGGGGAAGCACGGCUUUGAAGGGGCGAGGAAGAUGGCGGAGGAAUCCCGCCUGCAGGCCCUCUACGCGAAGCAGCGCAGCAGCGGCGCCUCGAGACUACCGGCCAGCUUGUCCGCGAAAACCGCCUUUCUCUGCCGAUCUGCGGCGGUCGUCGACAGGGACAAGGGUGAGGUUGCGGACGCGAAAAGCCUGUACGAGAAGCCGGGCGGCGACGGCGCCUUCCACGACCAGGGGUGGACCGAUGCUGGAGCCAAGCCCUCGAGCGUAGAAGGCGAUUCGGCAAGCGGGCUCGGGAACCGCGACCGUUCUCGCGCCCCUCCCGGCCUCGCCGAGUCGAGUCCGGGGGACGGAGAAGGAUUGCCGGCUCCGGGACCGACCUUUCCGGGAUCUGCGCACGUCCACGGAGGACUCGGAGGCAGCGUCUCUCGUUUCUCGCCGCAGUACCAGGCGUCGUUCCGCCUCUACGACGGCGGACUUCCGUCAGCUCCCCUGCCUCGCGAGGCGGUGCCUCAGCCUGCGGAUCCGCACUUGGCGACUGCCGCCCUAGGCGCCGCGCUCGCUUCGCCGGCUCCUCUCGCCGCGGAAGGCGCCAUGGCCUUCACACCGGGGCUCGCGGCCCCGCCCCGCGCUCCUGCAGGCGGCUCGGCUGGCCCGCACUCGCCCCGGGAACUGUCGGGAGGCCCCGCGGGGCUGCCGCUCCCCGGCGCCUCUCCGGAGGGCUGCGGCACGGAGUGCGCUCCGAUUCCUCCAGCUGAGAGUGCAGGGAAGGGGAAAGUUGAGGGCGUUGUGGGGUCCGGGUCCUCGAGUGCUCGACGUCGAAGGAAGCGCGAGGAGCGCGACGAGAAACUGGGUCUUGGCGAUACGAAGGCGGCGCCGAAGAAAGCCCUCAGGACGGGGGCACUUCUUGCGGCUCUGGGCUCAGAAGGCCUGCCGGGGCACGCCGAGCGUCCCGGAGAUCCGCCGGAGGAAGAAGGGCGCUUGCCGAUCGGGCUUCCGUCCUUCUACGCGACGGCUCCGUUGCCGUCUUCCCGCUCGCCGUCCACUGCGUCACUUGCAUCGCUCAACGACAAGGCCGCGGGCGCGUCUCCGGCGGUUCAGAGGGCCGACCUCGGCGGAGCGCCGUUUUCGCCUCCCGCCCCGCCGUUCCCCGCUGCCGAAGGGGGGAAGCCCGAGGGCGAGGGGCGAGCCCCGUCGGUGCCUCCAGCGCAGGUGAAAGGGGAUCCGGACCAGGACGGGAGGGCGCGCAGUGGCGAGCAGGCAGGCCGGCUAGGUGUCUCCCUCCCGGCUGCGUCUGCGUCCCAGAAACGCCCACAGAAACAGCUGACUCGGCAAAUUCAACGGCAGCAGCAACUCUUCCGCCAGCAGGAGGCGCUGCUCCACACGCAGGCGGAACUGUUUUCGCGACUUGUGCGUCGCCGGGCGCGUCAGCAACGGAACGACCUGAGGCGGCGCACCGCGAAGGACAUUGCGUCCCUGCGCCGUCGCCCCGACCCGCGGCUCUCUGCCCUCAGAGACUGUUUGGUCGCCUCCGCGAGGGCCCCGUCGCUGAAGCGCGAGAAGCGGGAGGGGUUCCGAGGCAGCGCCGGCGAGGCCGGGCAAAGCCGAGAUGCCCCGGCGGGCGGCCCGAGAGAGAGAGCGCUGAAGACGGAGGGGACAGAAAGGGGCGAAGGGCGAGAUGAAAGGCCUGCGGUCAGCGAGGAGACAGAAGGCGACUCGGUCCGCGAGCCAGGAGCGAAGCACGAAGGACACGGAGUCAGCGGAGGGUACCCGCCGCCCUGGUGGCUGAUUCCGCCCGAUGAAGAACUGAAGGCCGCCGAGACUCUGCGCGCCCUGAGAGUCCAGCGCCGAGCUGCCGCGCGAGAAGGCAAGCUGCUCCAGGCUGUGCUGGAGGACAGGAGACGCGAGCAGGCGGCGUCUGAGGAGAGCGAGGGAACAGAGACGGAAGCCGACGCGGAGGCAUGUGAUGCGGCGGAGACGCACGAGCCGCCGGCGCGGAGAUCGGCCGAGGACACGGAGAAGGCCGAGCACGUGAGAGAGGGCGAAAAGGAAGGGUCGAGCGAAGCCGAAAUGGAAGCCUCGAGGCGAACCGCAGACGAAGAAGAGGCGCGGCCUCACGGACCUGCAGAGAAGUGCCCGUCAGCUGGAAGAGAGCGAGACGCCUCGCCGCCGAAACUGCCCAAGACUGUGCGCUUCGCGGAGAUACUCUCCACGCCCAGCUCGGGUGAGGUGGAGACAGGUCGGCCAGCCGAGGAAGAGCCCUCCACAGAGAUUCUCGAAGGAGCGACGGGCGCCGAGUCGGUUCCUGUCCCUCUCUUUCCAACGCCGCCUUCUUCAUCCCCGCUGUUCCCGUGCACGGCGGCGCAGCUGGCGGACCUGUGCAUGCACACGCUGUACGCACUCGGGGCUGUGCGCCCUCACUGGAGACGCCAGGAUCGCCGAAGGCCCUUCGGCUGGCACAUCUCGCAAAUCAAGCCGGAUCUGAUUCUCCCGCCUCUGCAGGCAUCGCGAAUCAUUCGCUGCGCGUCGUCUCCGGCGCCGUCGGCUUCUCUCGCCCCUCCCUGCGGCUGGGAUGCAGGCUCUCCAGCUGACGACGCGCCUCCUCUCCUGGUGUAUGGGGACGAAACGUCAAGCAUGUUGCGAAGCUACGUGGACGCGUUUCGCCCUCUCUUCUCUUCGCCUUCGUCUCCGCCUCCGGAGUUUCUCCAUCUUUCCUCUGGAGACGUCCAAGUCGCGAUAUGGCAGCUGGAUGCAGGGGGCCGGGCGGCCGUCAUUGACGGCGUUCUUCUGGCUCUCGAUGCACUGUACGAACUCCAGACAGGCCGCAGACUCCGCCUGCCGCUUUCGUCUGCAGCCGUCUCCACCCCGCAUGCACCGUCCUUCGCGCUCCAUGCGCCAGCCAAACAAGACAGUUCGCCGGGGAACCUGCAAAAAAACCCGGUAGCGCCGGGAUCGCUCGCUUCGCUGCGUGUCGACCCAGCACCGAACUCGCCGGCGGCGGUCCCUGGGCAGUCGCACGUGUCUGCUUGGCGCCAGGCGCCUGCCGAGUUCGCGUUCGAGGCUGCCUCGACGCAGCUGCAAGAUCGCGAGAACGAGAAGCGUUCAGAGGCGACGCUCCAAAGUCCGAGUACGGCGGCGACGCUGGCGCCCCCGCAGUCUGUCGCCUGUGUUGCGGCGCGGGAAGAGAACUUGGUGCUGGCGUACAACCCGGAGGCGAAGGUUCUACGACAAGUGAAUUACCUCGCUGUGGGGGUUCGCGUCUUCAUCCAGCUGGCGGUCGUGGAGCAGGCGCUGGACCCUCCGAAGAAGCGGCAGGCAGUCCCGGGUGAGGAGAAAAGCGCCUUGUCGUCGGGAAGCGACGACGCGGCUCUGGCUGGUUCCGGAAAGGAGCAGAUCAACCUGUGUGCGCUCUUUGUGACCGUCCCGGGGCCGAGUGUCUCGACAGCCGCUUCGAAGCCUCACUACGUGAUCGCGGAACUGGUGGACCGGCGGUUUCAGCUGCCGUGCGGCGAGCAGUUUCUGUUUCGGCCUCUGCCGCUCGCGGCGGCCGCGCCAGCCGCGCUCCUCGCCUUCACCCCUGCGAGGGUCCGCGAGCUCCUGCGUCUCGGCGCGAUGUGUCUGACCCGGUUCACCGAAAAAGAAAGCGGCAAGCGCCCCCGCGGCGGCCAGCGGAUGUGCACGGCCUCCUCGUUCUUCUACAGUCCGCCGCCGAUCGAUAUGUCCCAGCUCGCGUCUUUCUCGACCGCGUCGACUUCGACGCAGACUCCGCCGGCUCCGGACUCGGCGCCUGGCUCCUCGGGCUCCUCGGCCGUGUCGCCCGAGUCGCCUGCGUCGUCCGCGUCCCCGCCGCCUUCCACAGGGAAAGUGCGAGGCCACGGCACGUCGCCGUGUAGAGAUGUGUCCUUUCCAGAGCCGCGCGUCUCGUCGCCUUCUCCCCGGCUCGCCCCUGGGGCUUCGGAGGCAGCUGUCUCGCCUUCGGGGACCUCGGGGCCUGCAGCCCCGGCGUCGGGCCCCGGCCGCCCCGCGAAGCCGGUCUGUUGCCCCGCGGCUCCUGCCUUCGCGACGGUCUGCCGGUGCAAAUGCAGCCACCGGCGCCACGAGCUCCAGGCCGAGAUCAAGCAAAAGCUGAAGCAAGACAAGAAGCGGUGCCUGGCUCUGAUUCGCGAGUACCCCGACCUGUCCCUCCUCGUUGGCGCGCGCCAGCCGGCUUCCCGUGAAAAGGAGACACUUCCGAAACGUCAAACACCCCAGGAAAGACGCGCCGCGACUCCCAGCGGGGCCCAGACGCCCAGCAUCCCAGGCAUUCCGACCGCGAAGAGCGACGGCCAGAGCCCGUCUUUUCUGGCUUCGGCGUCUGCGUCGGGCUUCCUCGCCUUUGCUCGAACGUCGCAGCUGGAGAUCCUCGCUUACUUGGUCGGCGUCGAUCCGUGGAAGUUCGCGAAGAACCGGCAAGACGCGCCGAAACCGGAAGAAAUCCCCCAACUCCUCGCCCGAUACAAAGCAGCUGUACGGACGCCCGAGUACGGCCGACUCCUCCAAAAGUGGAAGACCGGCCACAGUGAACAGACGAGCAACACUCGCAGUGGCGACGCAAAGGACAACGACGGCUUUCUCUCGCCAGCGGUGUCGCCUCCCGGGCGGCGGAAACACGGGAAAGACCCGUCGGUCUCUCCGGCAGCGGCCGCAUCUGCGCCCGCGCCUGGACACGCGCCCUCGGGGGCUCCCAGUGCCGCGUCGGGCCUCCAGGCGGCGCCGACUGCGCUCGGCGGCGAGGGCGACAAAGAGGGCCAAGUCCCACAGGUGUCGCCGCGGUCCCUCGAGCUCGACGCAGGCGCCCGCGGUCCCUCGAGCUCGAUGCAGGCGCCCGCACUGACUCCGCCGGGCGCGCAUGCGGCGUCGAGCCGUCAGAGCGGCUGUCCGCCGCCCUGGCUCUUGCCGCUCGUCCCGCCCGGAGGCACUCGCCUCACGCUGUCUCCGCAGGUCCAUGAGGAGCUCUUGCGGAUUCAGACGGCCAUGACGCAGCUGACGCUUGGAACGGCGAUUUGCGUGCGCGUGAAGGCUCUGCUGGGCCUUCCCGCAGGCACGGAGCAGCACAUCCGCGGCGUGGUGACGCGAAACGCCCUGAAAUUCCCGUGGGAACUCGCGGAGCCGUCGCUCGGGCCUGCUGGGGCGCCUGCAGGCGGCGCGGAGCCUGGGGUGCUGGGGACGAACUCUCAGCGCGCAGGGGCCAAACUCGGGGCUGUCUCCAGCGACGAGGCCAGCGGCGAGAAGCGGGAGAAGCUGGGCUUCAAGCGCGGCGUUGAUGCGGACUCUGCCCUCGCCAGCGAGAGGAAAGAGAGUGAGGGCGUGCGUGCAGGCCUUUCGGCCACGCAGCCGGACUCGGGAGAAGAGGGAGCGGGGUACGUAACUCUCUCUUUGAACAACCGGAAAGAAGAGUUCAUUCUUAGCUUCCGGGAGGUCCAGUGCCUGGUUGCUCAGGACGACCUCCGCCUGGUUCGAACGCGUGCGCGGCAGUGGGUCAGUUCCUUUGGUGCCUCGCAGCCCGGAGCAGACAGGAAGGGCGGGGACAAGGAAGAAGAAAAGGAAGCAGGCGGUCGAACUCGAAAGUACGUUGCUGACGAUGACUUCUUCUAA